AUGACAACUCAGUACAUACCGAUGAAUGGACCGUGGGAUCGUGGAGAGCCGUCUUCAGCAAGCCAUCUGAGCCCACGAGCAGGGUCAGGCUGGCGUCCCGCUAAACGCUGGCUCUCCGUCCUGGUCGUGUCAUUUGGUCUCUUGACAACACUGUACCUCCUUUCUGGGAGCCGUCCAUCCUCUUUAGACACACAACAACACGUCCCGUCCCAUAUAUCUCCGUCAUCUCUGCCUUACCUCCUAGGUGGACAGGAAGACCCUACGAAACUAUGGUUCCCUCCAUAUCCUGACGGUUCCCAUUUCCAACCUGCUGUCGCAUCCUACAAUCUCCCACCGACGGCCUCUCAGCGCCCUAGGACGCCCUUAUUCAUUGCGUUUACCCGCAACAGCGCCAUGCUCCAGCAAACCGUCCUCAGCUACAUCGCCGCGGGCUGGCCGCGUGAAGACAUCAUCGUCGUGGACAACAGCGGCACCAUGGAUGCCAACUUUUUACACCUGCUCUCUUCUAGAAACCCUUUCUUCCUGGACUAUGACCUCUUCCGGCGGCGGUACGGCGUCUCAAUCCUGCAGACCCCGACGCUCCUGAACUUCGCCCAGCUCAUGAACUUUUACUUGCGGGUCAGUAUGGCGCAUAACUGGCGCUACUUCUUCUGGUCCCAUAUGGACGUCGCGGUCCUCAGCGACGAGGAUGCACAACAAUACAAAUCAUUCUACGCCCGCGUGCUCGACAUCCUGGCCGACCUGGGCAUCACCGCCCUCGAUGCGGAUCCUAGCAGCCGGAACAGCGACAAAUGGGCGAUCAAAUACUUCACCUACGACUGGCUGACGCUCGUCAACGUCCCUGCCUGGCGUAAGAUCGGCACCUGGGACCCCUUCAUACCCUACUACACCACCGACUGCGACGCGUACUCGCGCAUCGCGCUGAGCGGGCUAACCAAAGACGACGUGCGCGCAGGGCGCAUCUUCGACCUGCCUGACGCCAUCAAGGACCCUGAGCGCAAAUUUUUCCCUUUGUCGUCGUCGUCGUCUGCUGGUGACUCGGAGGAUCCGAUGCAGCCAGGUUCGCAGCGCUAUCACACCCUGCUCGCCGAGCUGCAGGACUUGGAGCGCCAGAAACCUGAAGCCCACCGCAAUGGUUGGCAAGGGGCCAACCAGGGUGGGAAGGGCGAGCCUUGGACGUAUGAUCCCAAAGGAUUCCAGAAGAUGUGGUGGGCGACGGCGGAGAAGGGCAGGGAUAUGUACAAGAUAAAGUGGGGGACGCAGGAAUGUAGGCUGGAUGAGCAUGGGGUGAAGUUGGAGGACGCAUGGGAGGACAAGGGAUGA